AUGAAGAAGAGGAGGAGAAGAUUGGUAAAUCUGUUUUUCAUGCUAAAAAUACACCUAAAAAUACACACAGGAGAGAAUCCGUAUUCCUGUACUGACUGUGGGAAGAGCUUCACAACAUCAACAAAGCUAAAAGUUCAUCAGAGAACACACACGGGAGAAAAGCCUUACUCCUGCUCUGACUGUGGGAAGAGUUUCUCCCGAAUGGAUAACUUAAACACACAUGAACGUAUACAUACAGGAGAGAAGCCUUACUACUGCUCUGACUGUGGAAAAAGCUUUAAAACAACAGCUGAGCUAAAAGUUCAUCAGAGAACACACACAGGGGAGAAGCCUUACUUAUGCUCUGACUGUGGGGCGAGUUUCUCUCGACUGGGCCACUUAAAAAUACAUGAACGUAUGCAUACAGGAGAGAAACCGUACCCCUGCUCUAAUUGUAUAAAAUGCUUCAAAACAUCAACUGAGCUAAAUGUUCAUCAGAGAACACACACAGGAGAGAAGCCUUACUUCUGCUACGACUGUGGGGCAAGUUUCUCUCGUCUGGGCAACUUAAAACUACAUGAACGUAUACAUACAGGAGAGAAGCCUUACUCCUGCUCUAAUUGUUUAAAAGGCUUCACAACAUCAACUGAUCUAAAAGUUCACCAGAGAACACACACAGGAGAGAAGCCUUACUUAUGCUCUGACUGUGGGGCAAGUUUCUCUCGACUGGACCACAUAAAACUACAUGAACGUGUACAUACAGGAGAGAAGCCUUACAUCUGCUCUGACUGUGGAAAAUGUUUUAAAACAACAGCUGAGCUAAAAGGUCAUCAGAGAACCCACACAGGAGAGAAACCUUACUCCUGCUCUGACUGUGGAAAGAAUUUCUCUCAACUGGGCCAGUUAAAAAUACAUGAACGUAAACAUACAGGACAGAAGCCUUACUCCUGCUUUUAUUGUGUAAAAUGCUUCACAACGUCAACUGAGCUAAAAGUUCAUCAGAGAACACACACUGGAGAGAAGCCUUACUCCUGCUCUGACUGUGGGAAGAGUUUCUCUCAACCGAGCCACUUAAAAAGACACCGAGGUAUACAUAAAGGAGAGAAGCCUUCCUACUGCUCUAACGACGGAAAAUGUUUUAAAUCAUCAGCGGAGCUAAAAGGUCUUCAGAGAACACACACUGGAGAGAAAUCUUACUUCUGCUCUUACUGUGGCAAGAGUUUCUCCCGAUUGGGCAAUGUAAAAAUACACCAACGGAUACACACUGGAGAGAAGCCUUAUCACUGCACUGACUGUGAGAAGAUAUUCUCUCAACAGAGCAAUUUAAAAAGACACCAAAGUAUACAUAAAGGAGAGAAGCCUCAUCAGAUCUCUCAGAUCAGCUAA